CAAUUAAAAAAACAGAUCAUAUUCCGCUCAGUCACCACGGUAUCUGGCUAGCUUCCUCCACGCACCACCCUGCGCAUGCAGUUCUGCCCCAUCCUUGAGAUCCUUCUCUGCCUCUCCCCGCUGUCGCCUGUCACGUGCUCCCUUCCCACAUGCUCGCAUCCCCACCCACUGAGGAGGCUCUGGGCGCGGGCCUUCAGUAGCCCAUCUCGGAGGAAGAGGCUGUGGGGUCAGCGUUUCUCUGGCCGAGAUCCGCGCCAGGGCCGCGGCUCCCUGUCUGCGCAGAACAGUGCGGGGGGGCCAGCUGCAUCCUGGCGUGAGCGUGGAGGACGCUACCCAGGUCGCCUGCGUGGGGACCAGUUCCUGGCGCCCGGCGCCCCCUGGUGGUCCCCGGCACUGCGGACACCCAAGUCAGCAGGAGGACGCGCUGGCCUCUCGGGCAGAACCCGGACUGCGGGGGUCACAACAGGACCAGGGAGGAGCAGAAUCGAAUCUCUGGAGAGUGAAAUGGAUGAGAAUCAAAUCCAGAUGGCCGGAGAGGAUGUGGAUUUGCCUGAAGAUCUCCGGAAGAUGGUAAAUGAGGAUCAAGAAGAGGAAGAAGAUAAGGAUUCUGUUCUUGGGCAGUUGCAGAAUCUCCAGAACAUGGACUUGGACACCAUAAAAGAAAAGGCCCAGGCCACCUUCAUGGAAAUCAAGCAGUCGGCUGAACAGAAGUGUUCUAUGAUGUGAGGGGACAGAAGAAUGAGAAAGAAGUGGGGAGGGGACAUCGAGAGGUCACCAGCAGGAAGGGCACUCGCCUGUGGGCCUUUCCAGCAGCAUGAAUUUUAACAUCGAACACAGAUAAGAAACCCAUGAAAUAAAUCUGUCUACAAGCAUAUAGACAAUGA